CGCAGGCGGCCGCGCGGACCGCGCGUCGCAGGGGCACCGAGCGAGGGUGGCGGCGGGGUCGCCGGCUGAAGACUCUCUGCCCGUGAGGCCUGAUCUUGCGAUCGCGCCCUCCCUGGCGGCCUUCGCGGCCCCGGCGGGGCCGGUGCCCGGGCCUUCGGCUGGGGGCCUGCUGGCCCUCCGUCGGCGACCCAAGGCGUCAGUCGGUCCGUCGGUCCGUGCAUCCGGCGAGUUCGGCCUGCCCCGCGGGGUAGGGCGGCCGGGCCUGAGCCUCCCUCCCCGGACUCGGGAGCCGCCGCUGCAGCAGUAGCAAGCUAACUGGAACUUUGAGGAGAGUAAAAUAAUGAAAGUGCAAAUCUGUGCAAGAGAGAUUGCGGUGGAGAGACUGAGGAGAAAGCGUGGUUUAUUGACAAUCAUUUGACGUGCUGAAGAGUGCUGGGGAGCCAGCAUAGUAGCUCAUGCAGCAAAGAAGAACAGAUGCAGAUUUGAGGAAUUCAGCUUGUAAAACCUUGAACUGAAGGCCUAGACAUUGGGACAUCUGAGUUUGUAUAUGUGCACUUUCAACCCUAUGUGCAGUGGGUUAUUGUAGGAGAAUGCCAGCUGCUUAAGCUCACUUGGACAAGAUGGAAGAAGAAGAACUGGAAUGUCCAAACUCUUCCUCUGAAAAACGCUAUUUUCCUGAAUCCCUCGAUUCCAGUGAGGGGAAUGAGGAGGGGAUUUUGGCCUGUGAGGAUCUGGAACUUAACCCUUUCGAUGGAUUGCCAUAUUCAUCACGUUAUUAUAAACUUCUGAAAGAAAGAGAAGAUCUUCCAAUAUGGAAGGAAAAAUACUCCUUUAUGGAGAAUCUGCUUCAAAGUCAAAUUGUGAUCGUUUCAGGAGAUGCUAAAUGUGGCAAGAGCUCUCAGGUUCCUCAGUGGUGUGCUGAAUAUUGCCUUUCCAUCCACUACCAGCACGGGGGCGUGGUGUGCACACAGGUCCACAAGCAGACUGUGGUCCAGCUCGCCCUCCGGGUGGCAGACGAAAUGGAUGUUAACAUCGGUCAUGAAGUCGGCUACAUGAUUCCUUUUGAGAACUGCUGCACCAGUGAAACGAUCUUGAGGUAUUGUACUGAUGACAUGUUACAGAGAGAAAUGAUGUCCAGUCCUUUUCUGGGUAGCUAUGGGGUCAUCAUCUUAGAUGAUAUUCAUGAAAGAAGCAUUGCAACUGAUGUGUUACUUGGACUUCUUAAAGAUGUUUUACUGGCAAGACCGGAACUGAAGCUCAUAAUUAACUCCUCACCUCACCUGAUCAGCAAACUCAGUUCUUAUUAUGGAAACGUGCCUCUCAUAGAAGUGAAAAAUAAGUACCCAGUGGAGGUUGUGUACCUUAGUGGGGCUCAGAAGGAGUCUUUCGAGUCUAUUUUACGCCUUAUCUUUGAAAUUCACCACUCUGGUGAGAAGGGUGACAUUGUAGUCUUUCUGGCCUGUGAACAAGAUAUUGAAAAAGCCUAUGAAAUUAUCUGUCAAGAAGGAUCUAACUUAAACCCAGAUCUUGGAGAGCUGGUAGUUGUUCCUUUGUAUCCAAAAGAGAAAUGUGCAUUGUUCAAGCCAAAUGAUGAAACAGAAAAAAGAUGCCAAGUUUAUCAGAGACGAGUGGUGUUGACGGCUAGCUCUGGGGAAUCUUUGAUCUGGAGCAACACAGUCAAGUUUGUUAUUGAUGUCGGGGUGGAGAGAAGAAAGGUGUACAACCCUAGGAUAAGAGCAAACUCACUCGUCACACAGCCCAUCAGCCGGAGCCAAGCAGAGAUACGCAAGCAGAUUCUCGGUUCAUCUUCUCCAGGAAAACUUUUCUGUCUGUACUCUGAGGAAUUUGCCUCCGAAGACAUGCGGCCACUUAAGCCAGCGGAAAUGCAGGAGGCCAACCUAACCAGCAUGGUGCUUUUUAUGAAGAGAAUCGACAUCGCGGGCUUAGGCCACUGUGACUUCAUGAAUAGACCAGUAACUGAUCUUUCACCGGCAAAUCACGUGUCAGAGGUGGAGGCCAGGCCCGUUCCACGCUCUCUCCUCCAGCAAGAGGCCUGGGGAUGUGAGGAGCCGCAUGCAGCACCAGGGGUCCUUCCGCAGCCCGCCGCGGGAUCUCUCCCAGUGUUCCCAGCACCGGAAAGCUUGAUGCAGGCUUUGGAAGACUUAGAUUAUCUGGCAGCACUGGACAAUGAUGGAAACCUCUCUGAAUUUGGAAUCAUCAUGUCAGAGUUUCCUCUUGACCCACAGCUCGCCAAGUCUAUCUUAGCAUCCUGUGAAUUUGACUGUGUAGAUGAAAUGCUAACAGUCGCUGCCAUGGUAACAGCUCCUAAUUGCUUUUCGCAUCUGCCCCGGGGAGCAGAGGCAGCCGCCUUGUCUUGCUGGAAGACGUUCUUACACCCUGAAGGAGAUCACUUCACCCUCAUCAACAUUUACAAGGCCUACCAGGACAUGGCUCUGAAUUCCACCAGCGAACACUGUGUUGAAAAGUGGUGUCACGAUUACUUCCUCAACUGCUCUGCACUCAGGAUGGCAGAUGUAAUCCGAGCCGAACUCUUAGAAAUCAUCAAGCGAAUCGAGCUUCCUUACACAGAACCUGCUUUUGGCUCAAAGGAAAACACUCUGAACAUAAGGAAAGCUCUUCUGUCUGGUUAUUUUAUGCAGAUUGCUCGGGACGUCGAUGGGUCAGGUAAUUACUUAAUGCUGACGCACAAGCAAGUUGCACAGCUGCAUCCCCUUUCUUGUUACUCUGUCACCAAGAAGAUGCCAGAGUGGGUUCUCUUCCAUAAGUUCAGCAUAUCUGACAACAACUACAUCAGGAUCGCCUCAGAAAUCUCUCCUGAACUAUUUAUGCAAUUGGCACCACAAUACUAUUUCAGUAAUCUGCCUCCUAGUGAAAGUAAGGAUAUUCUACAGCAAGUGAUGGAUCACCUAUCACCCAUUUCAACAAUGAAAAAGGAACAGAAAAUGUGUGAGAAGUGCCCUGAAACUACUGAACAAAGAUGCACUAUACAGUGACUCUCAAGAACCUUCUACACAAAACCUGAUGUGCAAUAAAUAUCCCAAAGGCAGCCCAACAGCUGGUCCACUGGAGUGACGUGCAGCCAUGACGUGAAGAUGGAUGUCACACCCUGCAAAGGAUAGUCUUGAAAAGAAUAAAACUUUUUGCAUAUUAUUUAACAACUAAAAAUAGAAGUUUUUAUGGAAUUACUACUCCAUGUUUUUCUUCUUAUUGGAAAAGUUUUUAAUCAACCAUUCUUAAUUUGACCAAAAUCUUAAAAAGCAAAGAUAUUUUGUAAAUGUGUCACAGACACGGGUGACAGAACCCUACUUUUUGUAGAGGAACUUAAUCUGAAUAAAGUCAUGAGUUUUUCAGUAAA